AUGCCUUUUAAAGUAUUUGAUACCUUCAAAGAAAAAAUUUUGAAACCUGGAAAGGAAGGAGUGAAGAAUGCUGUGGGAGAUUCGCUGGGGAUUUUACAAAGAAAAAUUGAUGGGACCAAUGAGGAAGAAGAUAACAUUGAACUGAAUGAAGAAGGCAGGCCCGUGCAGGCAUCCAGGCCACGCCCUCCGCUCUGUGACUGCCAUUGCUGUGGCAUCCCUAAGCGUUACAUCAUCGCCAUCAUGAGUGGGCUGGGAUUCUGCAUCUCCUUUGGGAUUCGGUGUAAUCUUGGAGUUGCCAUUGUAGAAAUGGUCAACAACAGCACUGUAUAUGUGGAUGGAAAACCAGAAAUACAGAUGGCACAGUUUAACUGGGAUCCAGAGACAGUGGGCCUUAUCCAUGGAUCUUUUUUCUGGGGUUAUAUUGUGACACAAAUUCCUGGCGGGUUCAUUUCAAACAAGUUUGCAGCUAACAGGGUUUUUGGAGCUGCCAUCUUCUUAACAUCAACUUUGAACAUGUUCAUUCCUUCUGCGGCCAGAGUGCACUACGGCUGUGUCAUGUGUGUCAGAAUUUUGCAGGGUCUAGUGGAGGGUGUGACCUACCCAGCCUGCCAUGGGAUGUGGAGCAAGUGGGCACCACCUUUGGAGAGAAGUCGGCUGGCCACUACUUCCUUUUGUGGCUCCUAUGCGGGUGCAGUGAUUGCCAUGCCUCUGGCUGGGGUAUUGGUGCAGUACAUUGGAUGGGCCUCUGUCUUUUAUAUUUAUGGUAUGCUUGGAAUUAUCUGGUACAUGUUCUGGCUGUUGCAGGCCUAUGAGUGCCCUGCAGCUCACCCCACAAUAUCCAAUGAGGAGAAGACAUAUAUAGAGACAAGCAUUGGAGAAGGUGCCAACUUGGCCAGUCUAAAUAAAUUUAAUACACCAUGGAAAAGAUUUUUCACAUCAUUGCCGGUUUAUGCAAUCAUUGUGGCAAAUUUUUGUAGAAGCUGGACCUUUUAUCUACUCUUAAUAAGUCAGCCUGCUUAUUUUGAAGAGGUCUUUGGAUUUGCAAUAAGUAAGGUGGGUCUCUUGUCGGCAGUCCCACACAUGGUGAUGACAAUCGUUGUGCCUAUUGGAGGGCAAUUGGCUGAUUAUUUAAGAAGCAGGAAAAUUUUGACCACAACUGCUGUCAGAAAGAUCAUGAACUGUGGAGGUUUUGGCAUGGAGGCAACCUUGCUCCUGGUGGUUGGCUUUUCCCACACCAAAGGGGUGGCUAUCUCCUUUCUGGUGCUUGCUGUAGGAUUUAGUGGCUUUGCCAUUUCAGGUUUUAACGUCAACCACCUCGACAUUGCUCCCCGCUAUGCCAGCAUUCUCAUGGGGAUCUCAAAUGGAGUGGGAACCCUCUCUGGAAUGGUCUGUCCCCUCAUUGUUGGUGCAAUGACCAAGCACAAGACCCGGGAGGAGUGGCAGAAUGUGUUCCUCAUCGCUGCACUGGUGCACUAUAGUGGUGUGAUCUUCUAUGGCAUCUUUGCUUCUGGGGAGAAACAGGAUUGGGCUGACCCAGAGUCUCUCUGUGAGGAGAAAUGUGGAAUCAUUGACCAAGAUGAAUUAGCUGAGGAGACAGAACUCAACCACGAGACUUUUGUGAGUCCCAGAAAGAAGAUAUCUUAUGGCGCCACCACUCAAAAUUGUGAAUUCCAGAAGAAGGAACACAGAGGACAGAGAGAUAUGACCCUCGAGGAGGGAGAACUGACGUCCUAUCAGAACGACGAGGGAAACUUCUCAGAUAUAUCCUAA